AUGGACCCAGACAAGGCCCUUGCAGGCCACCCUGACCACAAAUGUCACUAUGGCCUCAGAGAGAAUGCGGGUACUGAUCAGGUCAAGGAGAAUCUCCUUCAGCUGAGCUGUCACUUCACGUGGAGCUUGCUGUUUGAAGAUGCUGACAUACCUGAUUUGGAAAUGAGAAUCUCGGAGGAGGUCGAGUUCCUAGACAUCAUGAGCCCAGUGAGGAUGCACAACCUCCUGGCCUACGUGAGACACCGGAAAGGCCAGCAUGAGGAAGCCCUGCAGAGCCUGAGAGAAGCAGAAGCCUUGGCUAGGAGAGAGCAGUUGGGCAAGAAAAUGCUGGUGACCUGGGGCAACUGUGCCUGGGUGCAUUACCACAUAGGCAGCUUGGCAGAAGCCCAGAGCUACCUGGACAAGGUGGAGAAUGCGUGCAAGGACGUUGCAAAUCCCUUCCGCUACAGGAUGGAGUGUGCCGAGAUGCACUGUGAGGAAGGCUGGGCCUUGCUGAAGUGUGGAGGACGGAAUUGUAGACGAGCCCUGGCCUGCUUUGCAAAAGCUCUGAAAACUGAGCCUGAAAACCCCGAAUACAGCAUUGGCUAUGCUGUCGCCGCCUAUCGUGAAGACAAUGAUGACAAUAAUGUAUCUCUGGAACCACUAAGGAAGGCUGUUAGGUUAAAUCCAGCAGAUCCAUAUAUUAAAGUUUAUCUUGCCCUGAAACUUCAGAGUGUAGGAGAAAAUGACGAAGCAGAAAGACACAUUGAAGAAGCCCUCAGUAGCGAGUCCUGUCGAACCUAUGUCUUUCGUCAUGCAGCCAAGUAUUACCGCAAUAAAGGCUGCAUAGACCAAGCUCUCCAACUACUAAAGCAGGCCUUGGAAUCAUCAGGUGACUCUGGCUACCUGCAUUUCCAAAUAGGGCUCUGUUACAAGCAACAAAUGAUCCAACUGAAGACUGAGCCUGGUGAGCGGGACAGCAUGGAGGAAAAGGCACAACUGGCCAUCUGUGAAUUUCAGAAGACUGUGGAUCUGAGGCCCACGUUUGAGAUGGCUUAUGUUUGCAUGGCUGAAGUACAGGCAGACAUUCGCCAAUAUGAAGAAGCUGAGGCAAAUUUCCAGAUAGCGCUGAACAUGCAGAACCUUAGGGGGCACAUAAAGCAGGAUAUUCAUUUCCGCUAUGGCCGUUACCAGUUAUUUCAUCAAAAAUCAGAGGACAUGGCGAUCACCCACUACUUAAAAGGUCUACAAAUAGAAGAACCGUCCUAUGCCUGGAGGAAACUACUCAUAGCUUUGGAGAAAGUGGCUGACAAAAGAAUUGAAAAGGAUGUUCGACUUGUGGAGAGCAUCAGCCUCCUUGGGUUAGUCCACAAGCUGAGAGGGAACAUGCAAGAGUCCCUGAUGUACUAUGAGCAGGCUCUGAGGCUCACUGGGGAGAUGAACCCUGAGUUCUGAAUGCAGCUCAGCUCUACGAAGAUAAUGUACUCAUCACUGAGGUUCCAUCCCUCCUAACUGACUGCUUUCCCCAGAACUGCAUUCUUGCUGGAAUCCAAGUACCUAAAUGCAAUGGCUCCUGCCACCUCUUUCUCACCCUCAUUGUCCUAUCUAGAAGGAACUUCUGUCCCCACAACACCUGCUCACUUAAUGGUCAGGACUGAUUCCUGCUGUGCUGGACCCUUCGAGCCCUGUGACAAACCUUAUCCUUUACGCCUGUGCUAUGAGAAAGAAAGUCUUCAUUGUCUGCCUGCCAGUGUCCCCGACAAAGAAUUCUUCUCCAAUUAGGAUUCUUUCAGGUCAUCAGGAUCUCUUACUAUAGUACAACCUCAGAGCAAAAGAGAUGAACAAAGGAGAGAGUUUUAAAGCAGGAACGCUCUCACAGUCCUGGACACCCAUUCACAGCUAAUGAAAGACUUGAGUGUGGGGACAGUAAUGCAAGGAAACCUUGCUGAACCUUACAGACUGAAGAUGACAUAAAAAGUUUGCCUGAUUUUUUUUCUGUCCUAUUGAUAGUGUGUUAUGUGUGAUGUUUUUCUCUGCAUUAAAAUAAAUCCAUUA